AUGGAGCAAGAGACCAGUCUGUUGCAAAAGCCACUCCGCACAUCGCGAGCAUGUGACAGAUGCCGCCGCCAGAAACUCAAGUGCGACAGCUCGCGCCCUUGCGUGCUCUGCACUCGCACUGGACAUAAAUGCGAGACGUCUCAGCGCACAGCGAAACGGACUCGCAGACAACAUCCAAGGGACGGAGAUCUGAAUCCUGGAGUACACAGAAAAAUCGCCUCAGCGACACACAAAAAUUCAAAUUCUAUCCAUAGCACUGGACGAGCCGAGAAACCCUAUGCCCCAGAGAGCUCAGCCUCCUAUCUGGAGCGCGCCCCGAAAGAGCCGCAGUCUGGUGCUAAUGCUUCUGCGAUUGACUUCGCCAGACGAGUCUUCAACGAGGAAGAAGCUGGCCGGACUCUGACCGGUGCAUCGAUCCCUGGUGAUACGGGAGCUCCUACGUUGGACAACUCACUAUGGCAUUUGACAGAGGUAGAGCUUCCCCCAGAGGCCGUGAUGUUCGCCUUGAUUGACGUCUAUUUCGACCGAAUGCAAUGGUUCAUCUUGAUAUUCCAUGAGCCCUCCUUCCGGGAAACUGCACGCAGGAUAAUCUCCCAGACUUCGUGGAGACGUCAAGAUCUCAGUCCUACCAUGGCUGUACUAGCAGUGGCUGUGAUCGGGCUGCAUUCUGUGCUACCAGAUCAGAGAUGGCCUGGACACGAAUUGUUGCGAGAACACUCCGUUGACGGGGAGAAGUUGAUACACGGUCUGAUCAAUGAGAUACGACGGAACCUGCUCGAUAUCUCAAUCGACUGCCGAAUUGAAGCUGUCCAAGUUUGCUUCUUGGUGUCCUCCUAUUAUGUUUAUCAUAGUUCACCGAGUAUUGCUUGGACUGUCUCUGGUAUGGCGGUGAGGUCUGCCUACGCCCUUCAUCUUUAUACAAAAUCAGCGAAAUGUGAAAGUCCAGUUGUGGAUGAGGUUCGCUCUCGCUGUUGGAAUCAUGCUAUCGUCGGGGACACGUUUGCGUCUAUCAUCUAUGGGCGACCUUCCUCUAUUGAUACCGGACUUGUCGCUUUGCAUUCACUCAGAGACAUGGAUGACCUAGUCAUUGAUCCACUUCUGCUGAAAAAUGAAUGGAUAUCUGGCGAUGGAAUGCCAACAACGACAGCUGGGUUUUUCGCUAUGAAGUAUGAGAUCUACAACAUCAUUAGACACAUUCUUUCACGGUUUCGUCGUCUCCAAUUAAGGAAAGAGACAAUAGAAGAGGACCUUCUGGCAAUUGCAGAAGCUGCACAAGACUCAGAGGAACAAUUAAUCUCCUGGCGAAAAAGGGUUCCACGAUUGUUCGACUUCGAGUUUUGGAGCUGCGACAAUCGCCUAGAGCAGUUCCAACAGCAAAUCGAAGGGUUACCACAACGCACUAAAUAUCAAGCAGAAACAAUCAUCUUGCAGGCGGCAACUCUCCAAUUGACAUACGAUGGAGCUCUUAUACAAGCCCGUCGACCUUUACUUGAGCAGAAAAUUACUAGUUCCUGCUCGCACUUGGUGGUAGACGCAAUCCACGAGUCAUUGAGAGUGGCCACUGCGGCUGCACUACGUAUAUCUCGCAUCCCGGUCCUCCGUUUCAAGCACCAUUUCGCCGAAUCCUUCGCUUCUCUACAACAAUUUACUGCGGGUGUCAUCCUUUGCAUCCUGCCAACCAGUCAACCUUUUACUACAGCUGCGCACGAGGCCAAGACUGGAAUCAUGCAUAUCAUCCAUGCUAGCACAGCUUUGGGACCCCACAAUCGUAUCGCCAAGCAGACUGCACAGCUUCUAACGGAGUUGCUGAAAGUCACUAUCGAGCGAGAGAUGUCCGGUGCCUUGAGAGGGGGAUUGGGAAUGAAUCUUCCCAAAGAGAUAUCUGAAACGGGGGCCAUUCUGAGUGUAGAACCGACUCGUAUAGACCAUACUGGGCGUCAUUCGCCACACUCCCGAGAUGUCCCCGAUCAUCCUCCAAUGUCAACAAUUCACACACCGCCCCAUUCGAGAGAGCCGCCACACAUGCCCCAAGCGACACACGACCAGAGUAGAGCAAACGACCGACCAGUCCAAGCACCCCUCGAGUCAUCUGAAUACCCGUCCGCGAAUAUCUUUGAACAACUUGACGAUACAUUCGGUGCCUUUGUCAUGUUCAAUCUGAUACCAGAUGACCAAAGUAGUGCUUGGAAUUGGGGACGUACGGUCCCAUAG